AUGAGGAGUGUGAUGAGCACRCGGAGACCGUCAAAGGCCGAGAAGAACCGGGUGGAUAUCCAGAGCCUGGACAACAUCCUGAGGAGUGCAGGGAUCCACCUUAGCAAUGAGGAGAUGCAAGAAGCGCUGCGGCAUGUUUCGGUGGAUGCUGACGGAAGGGUGAAUUUGAGCGAAUUCAUGCAGCAAGUCAAAACUGUCCAGUGCACUGACCAAGGAGCAGAAAAAGCUUCUCCUGCUCUUGGCCGCGUUUCCAAAGCCCGCGUUUCCAAAGUGAGGGUGCUGCACCCUCUGCCACGGAAGAAGGUGCUAAAAUCCAUCUUAAGGAAGGCAACCAGGGAACAUUCAUGCAUCACUCAGAGGAGAAGCAAGUCCAAAACAGCAAAGAACUUGACAAAGAAACAACUGGAAGCAUUCUACGAUGCCUUCAGCUUCUUCCCUAAAGACCCAGGUGGCAACAUCGGCCGCCAGGGCCUGCAGGAGACUGCUAAGGAGCUGGGCAUCAGCUUAACCACUCAAGAGGCCAACAGGGAGCUGGCGUUUGCAGACGCCGACAGGGACGGCAAGGUGAAUUUCUUCGACUUCCUGAGCAUUGUUACCGACAAGAAGCGCUUCAUGCAGGCGAUAGUCCCAGAGAAGAAAUAUAGAGGCAAAGGUGACUCUGCCAGUGCCACAGGGAUCGUGCUCUUCGAAGUCUUGUCGAAACUGGUGGAGCUGGCUGCUCUGCCCCAGAAAACUCUGCUUGAGAUUGUCAGGUACUACCGACAGAAGUUUUUGAGGUGCACGGGCCAAAAAGCCUGGAAGGAUUCUAACAAUUUAAUGUACUGCAGAAAGAAGCACCACAGAAUUAUCCGCAGAAAAGAUCAGGCAUGUGUAUCUUCCUUUGUAAACACUGCCCGCAUCUCUUUCAUGAACAAUAAAGAUCUACUAGCUUACGUGGAAAGCCUUAAAGGUGAGACUUGCCUGCUGUCUCCCACUCCAUUCCCCCAGGGUAGRGGAUACAAGCAGGAUUCRUGCGUGCCCCCCUCGGACAGCCCUUACGCCCAGGUGCCCAUCUUCCCUCUGAUUCCUAAACAAGAGGUGAUGAUAGCGGGAAGGCCAAAGAAAGAUCUGCAGAAGCUAGAGAGGCAGAGGAGGAGCAAACCAAUAGCUUCCUUCGAAAACCACUUCUUCCAAAAGAGAAACUGGGUGCAGGAGAGCAAGUGGCUGAGCCAGCAGUACCGGCAGGGCCUGGCCCUGCACGAGCGCGCACGGCUGCUGCGCCUGUGGCGGCGGCUCCGCGGGGGCCGCAUCGGCCUGGAGACGGGCAACGAGAGCUUCCACCACAUCUUCUCCACCUACUCCUGGUCCUGGAACGUGUGCCAGGAGCUGCUGACGCCCGACGAGCUGCGCCGGGCGGACAACGAGCUCUACCGCUGGGCGCGGCUCCGGGCGGGGAAAUGA